UGGUGGCCAGAUGCUAUACCGUUCUUCAUUUCCGGUGGCCUUAUGUUUCUGGUUGCGCCGUUUAUACUGCUACGGUCUCCCGCCAAAUCAAUUAAAAUUCCGAGGGACCAACCAGCCCAAAGUGCCAUCCGCCUCUUGUCCAACGCACCAAUGUUUAUCAGCGUUGCAAAUGUCGCAAUCGCCAUAUCGGCCCUCGGCUUCCACGACGGCACUUUGGAAUUCCAUCUCAAGGAAGGGGAGUUCCGGCUUCCCGACAUAGAAGUGGCUGCUGUGUUCUCUGCUCUCUACAUCUCUUAUUCACUCGGAGCUCUCUUCUGGGGAUACUUCUUCACAUACAAGCUGGAACAAGAGGAUGUUUCGGUGCUGCUCGGAUUUAUGAUAAUGGCCGGGGCGUUCCUAUUCGUGGGUCCCGCUCCGUUCCUGCCGAUUCCACCAUAUCUGUGGAUCGUAUACCUCACUCAAGCCAUGAUAGGUUUUGGUGGUGCUGCUGUGGUCGUGGCCAGCUACAGCCUUGCACUCAAGAAAGCCAUGUAAGACAAUUCAACGUUGUGGUUAUGUUGGUGUAC